AUGUUAUAAUAAGUCUUAAGAAUUUUACAAGAGGAUUAAAUACCUCAAUCAUUGCAAAAAUUUGAGCAAUUUAAAAUUUAGAAUGAUGGAGCUAAGGUUCUAUUAGAGCGAGCAAAUACUUUGUCGUAAUCUGACACAGAGAUGGUUUGCAGAUGGAUAAUAAAUAGUAUUGAAAUUUCACUUGAAAAUAAAUGUUUGGCUUAUAAUCUUUUAGGUAUAAUAUAGCUUGUAUUUAGGUUGUAUUUUAGAUGAUGAUGAUGAAAAAAUUGAAAACUUUAGGCAUGCUUUUAAUUUAGCAAUCAAAAAUAACUUCGAUAUAUCUAAUCCACUAAUAAAUAUAUAAAAAGUAUAUUUACGUUAAUAAAAAUAUGAGAAGGUAAUAAAUUGUUUUAAAUAUUCUGCUCCAUUAUAAGGACAAUAUAAAAUAGAGGCACUUCAAAAUGUUGCUGAAGCAUAUCUUGGUCUCAAACAAAUUGUUUAAUGCAUUGAUUCUUCAAAAAAAGCUUAUAAAGUUAGUAAGAGCUUAUUUGGAAUUAAUGAUUCUAAGACUAAAGAAAUGGGAGAAAAUUUACAAUUAAUGAUAAAUAAUGAUAAUUUGAGAUAGACUAGAUAUUUAAGCAAUUAAAAAUAAAAUCAUGCUAGAAGAUAGAUUUAUAAUUGCUAUGGAGUAGGUUCACAAGUAGACAAACGUAGAUCGUUAUUCAAAAAUUAACAAUUGUUUGAAGUUUAUAGAAAAAGAUCAAAUACAGCAAAUUAAACAAAAGUAGGGUUUUCAAGAACGGAGAGAAUAAAAAAUAAAUUACUAGAUUUGUCAAUGGAAGAAUAAAAGUUACAAAUCAUACAUAAUAAUGAAGAAAAAGAAGAUGAAAAUCAAUUCAAGACUUAAGGUGCAACCUAACGUAAAGGUCCAAAAAAUAACUUACAUAUAUACCAAUUAAAAUCACAGAAUGAAAACAAUAUAAGUUAAUAAGACAAAAUGAUAUAUAUAUAGGGUUAUUUGAUUUAAUAGUUUCUUAUUGAAAGCGCUUAAAAAGAGAUAAAUUUUAGAGUAGAUGAUAAACUAUUUUAAUAUUAAAUUCGUUCAAAGUCAGUUUAAAAAGAGACUGAGACUUUUGAAUUUUUUUAGAAAAUUUAACGCGCUUUGGAUUAAGUUACUAUUUUUCUUUUUACUUGUUAAUCCUAACAGGAAGCAAUAAAGAUUGUAACUAUCUUAAGAUAGGAUAAAAUUAAUAAAUAAUUUAGUCUUCAGUUAAAUUUAUAAGAGUUUGAAUUAAUAUUGUCUUCUGAAAUUGAUUUAAAUGAUUUUUAAUGUUAUUCAAAUUUAUAAAAACAGGCCUCAAAGUUAAAAUCAAAUAUAUGUUAAAUAAUUUUAAUUGCUCGAUUUGCAUUAUCAGUGAACAUUGAAUCAAUGUAAUUAUAAUUCUUAGAAUUUGCUAAUAAUUCCAAAUACUUUUAAUUAUUUAAAGAGUAAUUUCAAAUAAUACUUGGAUUUAAUCCAGAUGCAAAUAUAAUCGAUCCAAAAAUUAAACAACUUUAGUUGAGGGAGGAGUAGUUUGAAAUAAUAGUAUCUUAACCUUAACUGAAAAUAGGGAGUAAAAUGAUGUUCGCAGUUGAUUGCACAAUUCAAUUUUGGAUGAAUACUAAAACUUAAACAAUCAAUGAAGUUGAAUAAAAGGUGAUGAAUAUCAAAGGUUAAAUUAAUUAAAUUUUUUUUUCAUCUUUGAAAUUAGUUCUGAAUGAUUCAAACUAAAUUAAAGUGUGGUAGAAUUUCUUAUAUUAAUUUUAUCAGAAUAACCCUAAAGAAGGUUUCAAUAUUAAUACAGAAUUAGUAAUAGACCUUAAAGGAGAGCCAAAUCUAAUUGAUGAAAAAUAUAAACUAAUAGAGUAAGAUUUAAAAGAAUUUUAAUGCAAGAGAAUGAGCUUUUAAGUUCAAGAAAACAUUGCCAAAAUAUUAUCUGAAAAGCAACAAUAUGAGAAGAGAUUUAAAUCAAGUUUAGGUAUAAUAGCAUAAUCAAUUGGUAAAUGCCUAAUUUAAAUUGUUGGAGUAAAAGAUAGUAAUAUAGAAGUAGAUAUUUACAUAAAUGACGAAACAAAAUUUGAGAAUAUAUCAAAGCAGCUUUAGUAAGAGUUUUUUAGUGAGUUAAAUCAUCACGUAGAGAAGAAUUUGGAAAUUAAAGAUUUAUAUACAUUUAUUGGAUUAUCAAAAGAAUAAUUUUUAGAAUAAUAUCAAGUAGUUGUAUCCAAGUGUUAGAAAGAAUAUCAUUUUAUUUCCCUAAAUUAAUAUUUAGAUUAAAUUAAAAUCAUCAUAAUUAAUACACAAAAGUACAAAAAAGAAAAUAGGAAAACCAAAAUACUUGAAUGUCCAAAUAUCCUUGUAUUUAAUUUAUUAAAAGAAUAACAAAUCUAAUAAUCAAGCAUUCCAAAUGAUGAUAUUUAAAUUAUAUAUUCUUAAAAUUAAAAGAUUAUAUUAUAAGGAAUAAAUGAAUAAGAAUUAGGAAAUAAAUUAAAAAGCAUUUCUUAAAGUAUAUAAUAACUUGAAAAUUAAUUAACAAGUAUCACUUGCACAUUUUAAGAAAAAUAAGUCAAAUUCUUUGAAAAACAUUUUAAGCAAUACUGCAAUAAUUUAGAAAAUGAUAGAAAAGCCUCAAUCAAAUUUCAUAAGAAAAUUAAUUACUCUUUAAUAUCUUAGGUAUUAAACUCAAGUAAAAGUCUUUAACUUGUGUAAACGAAUGUUAUUUUAUUGGAAUGUGAUGCAAUAGUCAAUUUUAUUAUUUAAUCCGAAGACAAAACAACAAUGAGUGAUUUAUCAAAAAGAAUUAUAGAUUUUGGAGGCUAAAUUUACCAAAAAAGCGUUUUAAAUUAAAUAAAGAAUUUCAACAAAACAUAAAAAUAAUUUGAUAUCAAUACUUAUGAAUUCAGUUCUUUUCGAAACAUCCAUUACAUAAUUAAUGUAGUUACUUCUCCACAAUUUACAAAAAACAUAUAUCAUUAUGAAACUAUAAAAUAAAUUUUAGAUGGUCUUUUCCUUCAUAUAAAGGAUUCCCUUGAUAUACGAAGUUUAGCUAUGACAAUCCUCGAUGAUACUGAAAAUUAAUAUUCAGACAAUUAUUCGCUGGAAAUUUACCUUAAAACAAUAAUCAAUCAUUUAUUUAAUGACAACCAAACUAUCAAAAAGGUUUACUUAGCUGAAGAAAAGAAUUCAAGAAUUGUCUAAAUGAAUUCUAUUCUUUUGAAUAUUUCAAAAUGUUACCAACCUAAAUAUCAGUGGUAAUGGUAGCAUUACAACGCAUUUGUUAAUUAUGAUGAAGAUGCUAAUAAAUAAAUAGAUGAAGCAUAUGAAAGAUUUCUUUAAUCUGGCUAGGAGACAAUAAUAUAAUUGAAAUUUCCUUUAGAAAAAAAACCAAGCACUCAUUUUGUAGAUUUACAAAGUUUUACCAUAAAGGACUUAUCCUCUUAAAUUGAAUAUGAAAUAGUUCAUAAUAAAAACAUUUAAAAUAAUUAAGAUAGAUAUUUUAUUAAUAAUAAAUUACUAAAUGAAGACCUUAUAUAAUAUUUUAAUGCUAUGAAAAAGAAAAAUCAUUUGUAAUUCGAAAUCUUUUGGAAAAACCUUAAUGUGGUCAUUAAUAAUCAAAGAAUCUUCUAAAUGAAUAAUGAAACUCAAUAUUAAAGAGCAAUAUAAAAACUUCCUUCAUAAUAAGAGAUAAAAGUUGCAAACUAAUAAAUUGCCUAUUAACUUUCAAUUAAUUCCAAUUAAGAAAGUUAGAAUUAAUUUUAGAUUGAGUCAUUCAAUUAAAAUUUAAAUAAGAAUAUUUUAAAAGAGAUUAAACAAUUUUUAGAAUCAUCUACAAUCAAAUUAAAAGUAGAUAUUCCUUAAAUUAGCGAGAAAAAUCUAAACAGUUUCUGUUAAUAUUUAGAAACUAUUGCAUAAAAAAUUAUAGGGAAAAUUAUCUAAGGGUAACAAAUACAAAUUGUAAUUUUUAAAAACAAACAACAAAAACUGUUGAACCAAUUGGAAUAAAUUAAGAAUUUUGCAAGCUACUACCCAAAAAAAUGGAUUAAACAAGAGGAAAACUACAUCAAAGUUCCUCUAUAAUGCAAUUCAAAAGAAUAUAAUAAAAUUAUAGGUGAAUUUAAGAAAACGGAUAUAGGAAAAAUAAAAGCUAUUUUUAGGAUUUAAAAUAAAACUUUAUGGAAUAACUACAUAAUAGAAAGAAAUAAAUUAUUUGAAAUUUGUGAAAAACAAAAUAAAAAUUUACUUCCAAUCGAAAAGAAGAGGUAUUUGUGGCAUGGAGUAUCAUCGCAACAUCCAAAAGUAAUAUAUACAAGCUUGGCAGAAGCCUUUGAUGUUACUUUCAGUAAAGUACUAAAUUUAUUUAUACUAGGUUGGAUUAUGGGGAUAGGGUAUUUAUUUUGCUGAAAAUGCCUCCUAUUCAAGAAAUUACUCGUAUAAAUUAACAAACGAAGAUGAUUCUAAGUACGCAAAUAAUCUUGUUUUCUUAUACUGCCUAGUUACAACAGGCAAAGCUGAAAAAAAAAUUUAAAGUGUCGAUAUUAGAAAACCAAGUGAAGGUUACGAUAGUGUUACUGGAUUAACAAGGGGGAGCAACAUAUUUGUUCUAUAUUAGAUGCAUGUUAGAAGAGUUUAUCCAGCAUAUGAAGUGAUAUUUUCAUGA